CAAGACACAAAACAAGACAGCAAGUAAUACUACUUAAUGUUUCUGCUGUAUACACAAAAUAUAUUCUGGUUAAUGAAAUUGCUUUUUUGGUAUCUGUGUUCCCAGGAGCUGGUCAACCUGUUGCUCUGCGGCAGAGCAGUUUCUAACGUCUUUGACAAUGACGUGGAGUUGGACUCAGGCAAUGGCAACAUUACUCUGCUCAAGGGAGUCAAAGGCCACUGUGAUGUCGGACUGCUGUCCUUAUUUGAACACUAUAACAUCUGCAAGGUAGGAGCUUACCUGAAGACUCCACGUUACCCCAUUUGGGUGGUGUGCAGUGAAAGCCACUUCAGUGUGCUGUUUGGCCUGCAGAGGGAGCUGUUGACCAAUCAAGACAAAGGCCUGGAGUUUGACCUCUACUAUUAUGACGGACUGGCCAAUCAACAGGAGGAGAUCCGCCUCACUGUCUCUGCUGGCAGAUCGGCCCUGAGCUGCCAAGAUGCUGACACUGAUCUCAUUCCUCCACUGGAGCACUGUAUCCGAACCAGGUGGAAAGACGCAUCUGUGAACUGGAAUGACACAGAGCCUAUUCUCUGACUGAUCACAUGCACUGAUGCUAUUUUAACUCUGGAGCAUUGAAAGACACCUAACAUUUUCAUCACCAGUACAGAUAUUUUAAUGUGUUAUAUGAAGUCUUAUUCACAUUAUAUUCUGUUUCAUAUUCCGCCAUAUAUCUUAGCAGCACCAUUCUUCCUCCUCAUAGUGAGACACAGUGUUGCUCUGCCAUUAGUUUACAUAUCAUGAUGUUAUAUCAAAAUGUGUGUGUGCAGCUGAAAGGGUCUGAGCCCAAACUUGGAUAUAUCAUAUCAGCCAUAAAGUGUCAUGCUGUUGCCUACAAAAUGAUAUUUAAGAGAAUGCAAUUAUUUUUAAAGUGUUAAGCAAUAUGCAUAAGGUAACUUAAAAUGUGUAGGUUUGGAGAGGAACUCGUACUUUUGUUGCUGGUGAAAUGUAAAUUAAUGCAAGAUGCAGUUGACCACAGUGGCCUUUUAUCCUGUACCUGUAAUUUUUACAUAAAAUAUGACAGAUUGUUGUCCAUAUUUUACACGAAAUUAUUAUUUAUUUCCUGGUUAUUUGAAAUGAAAUGAAAGUGAUAUUUUCAUGAAGGAAGUUGCAGAAAAAAAAUCUUAAUUUCACAUCAAGUCUUAACUGAUUUUUUUUUGUUACUGAUUGUUUUAAUUUGUAUCACAGUUUGGUUUUGAAAUGGCCUAAAAUCAAAUUGCCUUUUUUUAUGUGCACACUUUAAGUUAGUCCAUCUGUUAGGUUGUAACAUUAUUUGAAUUGCUUUGAUAAUAAGUCUGAUGUGUUGUCAGGAGAUUAGAUUAAAUAAAUAAAUAUAGACGUGUGUGAGUGUGUUUGUCAGAGAGUGUAGUGCUUAUAAUUAAAAUUGCCUUGAUGAAUUUUCACAUGACAGCCGUCGUGGAACAGAGAAUAAAAUCAUUCAAUACCUCA